AUGCGCACCCUGGGCGGCUUCGCGGGCCUCAGCUGCACGGCACCCGACUUGACGGACGCCAUAAGCGCUAGAAGGGCCGAAGAAGAUCUGGGGAAGAUACCGAACAAGAAGGUCAGUGGGGCGAAAACAAAGUACACACAAUUCCCUCCCGGACCUUUUCGUCUGCAUCUGCCACUUUGCCAUUGUACCAUGGACAUGCGCUUGCUCAAAGCGGACAUUCACUUGCAGCCUUCAUCCGUCUCCGUAUUCACCGGUAGAUCGGCGUUUGACUCCGCACCUCGGCAACAUUCCCAGGACAUGUCUUACGUUUCUGAGCUUGGCAGACUCUUCGACUCGUUCAACAGCUCUUCAACAUUAGCCGAUAAACACGUCGUGCAACCCAUCCUCGAUGGCUUCCGAUCGCAUCUUGGUUUUGAAGAUCGAUUUCAGCCGUGGCUUCGAGCUUUCUCGAGCAAUCGUUCAUCAGCUGGAGAGAGGGGAGGGUGGGGGAGGCAUGCUGAUGCACACGUGCAGCAUGACCUCACGAGCCCGAGCAGACGGCCUUCCUUGCCGCCGACGAACCCUGUAUGGUGCGGCUAA